AUGAGCGAUUUACCGACUGCUAUCCCGAGGGGAUCGUGGAUCCUUGUCACAGGGGCCAAUGGUUACACCGGGAGCCACGUGGUUAUAGAGGUUCUUAAGCAAGGCUUCAAUGUCCGUGGUACCGUGCGAGAUCUGAGCUACAGCCAAUGGCUUCUUGAGCAUCCCUCAGUAGAGCCAUUCGUCAAGCAAAAACGCGUGGAGCUGGUGGUGGCCGACACAGCCAAGCCUGGGGAUUUUGACGAUGCAAUGAAGGGAAUCUCGGCUGUGAUUCAUCUCGCUAACAUCGGUGAGAUGUCACCGGAUCCUAAUGUGGCUUUUGCAUCGGCUGAAGAGGUUGCAUUGAAUGUGUGUCGAUCGGCUGCCAAGGAACCCUCGAUCCAACGCUUUGUUCUAGCAGCGGGACUGUGGUCAUCAGUCUGGCCGAAACCAGGAGACAAUUCACGCAUUACAAAAGAUACAUGGAACGAAGAUCUUGUCAAACUGGCCAAGGCGCCACCGCCUUAUGAUUUGAGUCGGAUGCUUGCUGUUUACCUGGCAGCCAGAGUCGACGCAGAAAAGGCAGUAUGGAAGUUCGUGGAAGACGAGAAGCUGCCCUGGGUUGUGAAUUCAGUUGCACCUUGUUGGCUCUUGGGUGCUCCGCUACAUCCAAGACAUCUUCUUCUUAUGCCGACUCAGCUGUUGCAGCAAUUAUACCUUGGAAAAACAGAGGCCCUGGUUGAGAACACAACUGUGUACUACACUCACGUCUCCGAUGCGGCCGUCAUCUACCUCGCCGCAGCCGUUGACCCUGAAGUGAAAGGCUGCCGCGUUCCAGUCCUGGCUAAAUCAUUCAACUGGAACAACGCCCUGGCAAUUAUGCGUGAGGCGUAUGCCGAUGAAGACAUUGCGGAGGAUUUUAUCCCUGGAGAUCCUGUCCUCUCGUAUACCAUUGAGGACGAUAUCGCGCCGGGGCUUCUACAGAAAUGGGCUGGAAGAGAUUGGAUCAGUCUGAAGGACGGCAUCACUGAAGUGAUUGACUAUUCUCUCAAAAUUGGUAACUUGGAUUAA